AUGAGCCAGAUCUCGUCGAAGCUCUGGACUUGCACCCGCUGUCUCCAAGCCAUUGAGCGCAAUGCCAACCGGGCUCACAGCGUGCGGGGUUCACUUGCCACCGCCCAUGGGCAUUCGAGACUCGGCAGGACUAGGGGAUCACGCGCGUUCAGUGUUGUCCCUGCCAACAGACAAGACAACGACAAGUCACCUACACCGGCCGAACCUAGCAAAAUAGAAAAUGUCACACGGCAGACGGAGCAAGAGGGAGCCAUGUCGCGCCGACUGGCCGAGAUGGUGGAAGAGACCAUGGAUACUGGGAGUAAGAGUGACCGCAAGCUGAUGCAAGACGUGGGCUUCUCGGACGAGUUGAAGAAACAACUCGAGGAAAGGAUAGCGCAGACAGCCUUUGCAGCCCAGAACCAACAGGCUGCCAGUCAGGUCUCCAUGCCGAGCUCUGCAGGCAAGGGCACUCGAGACAUUGCAAGUGCUCAGGCAUGGAGUGGUACCGAGACUCUUCACGAUUCCGCCCUCCGUAUGCUGGACGAUAGCCACAAGAAACUGCGAUCUCCCUACAACCCGCCCGUUAUUCCUCAGAAGAACCUUCGGCCUGCACCCAAGAAAACCCUCUCACCUGCCAAUCGCCUAGCCAGCGCACGGGACAAGACCAGCAUAUAUGCAUUCAGUCAACAGAAUGAUAUGGCCGAGAAAGAGCGAGAGAAGUGGCGGAAGGAAUUGAAGGAACGUUUCACACCCGGUGCACGCCCGAUGCCGACGACUUUACAGGGCCUCACCAGUCUUGCUAACGAGAGGAUCGAGGAUGCCAUUGCAAGAGGUCAAUUCAAGAACAUCCCUCGGGGCAAGGGCAAGAAUGUGGAAAGAGACUAUAAUGCCAACAGUCCGUUUCUCGACACGACCGAGUAUUUCAUGAAUAAGAUCAUUCAGAAGCAGGAUAUCGUACCACCAUGGAUCGAGAAACAGCAGGAAUUGGUCAAGAUGGUGGCUACCUUUCGCGGGCGUUUAAGAAAUGAUUGGCGCCGGCAUGCUGCCAGGUCAAUUGCAAGUACCGGUGGGAGUGUUGCGGAGCAGGUACGCAGGGCACAGGGAUAUGCUCUAGCAGAAGAACAAGUCAACCCAAGAGCCAAGAAAUCAGAGGCUCUGAGCUCGAUUUCGACCGAUGGGAGUCUGAUGACCGUCACGGUCGAAGAGAGGAUUGCCGUCGGUGUGGCUUCGGAGUCACCGUCACCAGCAGAGCAGCCACCAUCGGCACCCAAUGAACAAAUUCAAAUUACAGUGACCGAAGACCUCGCAGAGACCGCUGCAACUGACAACGUUGCUCAAGCCCCUACUAGGACCACAGAUUCGACUCCGGCAUCAUCUCCUCCCGCUCCAGCCACCGUCCUCCCGAUGCCCUACCCCUUCCGCGACCCUUCAUGGGAAGCGAUAGAACACGCAUACCACACGCUCGCCAUCAGUGAGAUCAACAACCUCGCGCGGUCCUACAACCUCAUGGCGCCCAAGAUCGCUCAGAAACCGUACUACUCGCUGACGAGAGAACUGAACCGCUGCUUCGCCGAAGUGGCCCCCUCGCUGCCCGACGCCAUCACCGAGCGCAGUCGCAAACCGGUCGUCAAGAUCGCCAUUGCGCCGCACAAGGAGGGCGGGAUUCUCGACCGUUUUGGGAAUGAGAAAUAUCGUGGUCAUGAGGGCGUCAUACGCGACGAGGGUCAGGGGAAAGGCUACGGCUUCAAGGAUUUUUGGCGGGACCUGUUCUCCGGGAGUGGGAAGGCCAAGACAAAAGCGAAGAACAAUGAGGUCGUGUAG